UCUAUUUUUUUUUAUCAUUUGGAAUAUAGUCUGAGCGGCGUUUCGCCGUGUCAUGCGUCUGUGGAAGUGGAAUGUCUUUCUGUUUCAGCUAGCGCUUGUCGUUUGUCAAAACGACGACGAAUCUGUAGAUUACAUCAAGUUAUCUCGCACUUCCCCUCUCAAACCGACGGAACUACGUCCACAUGUUGUUGUGAAUGUUGCCACAUACAGUCGAACGCGCAUCGUGGCGAUAGACGUAUCGACCGCGGGACGGCAGCAAGUGGCGAAGCGAAUUUUGAGAGUCGAAUUAGAGAGCGAGAGGCAGGAAUUGACGGUCGACAUCGCUCUGUCGUCUCAGUCAUUGUGGGAAACGUACAGAAGAGGCUGGAGAUUGGAGAUUUGUGCAGCACUGUUAAGUGGAGACGACGAAACAACAAUAAACGAUGAAACGACGAUAGAUGAUGACCAUUCCUACGUUGAUCAUGAGAGCUCCUCUCUAGACUCUUGGGCAGAUGAUGUUGGGUACGUUACUAAGGAGUUGUCGGAAAGUGAUUGGCGUCAGACGCUCAGUCACGACGAGCUGUUGGAAUUAAGCGUAGAUUCCGACUGCCACGUGAUUGGAAGUGUGCACAGGAGGGAUGUUUUCUGCUGGAACUGGCUGUCGGCAUGGAGACAUAAACUAGAGUCGACGUGUCAUAACGGAAAUGGUACUGCACACAUAUUGGACUUCCCAAUUGCACUGACUGGUGGUAGGAUAGGAUUGAAAAGGCAGCCGACUUUAUGGCAACCUCAUGACGACUACUUGAUGGAGUUUCCAAUGACAGAGCCUCAAUUCACGUUGUCUUUAUGGCUGUACGUAAGUCGUCCUUGCGACAGCUCACUCUGUGCUGUCUUGAUUCGACCACACAAGACACUGUAUCACUCACCCAGUCUCUUUUUUCAGUUUAAUGGAAUUCUACUUAUACAGUUUGUAUUGGUUGAUGGCACAGCAAAAAUCUAUUCUCUACCAUGGGUUCUGCCGUCUGCCGAAUGGCUUCAUGUCACCGUGGCAGUACAUGCCUUCAAUGUUCAAGUGUGUGUUUGGUGUAUGUCUGUGUCUGGAGUUAGAUGUUACGAUAUCAGUUUCAAUGAUCCGUUCCGGUAUGACGAUUCGAUUCCUUGGGUGAUCGGCGGUGCCACCUCACAUCAAAGCGUUUAUGGCAUCGUCGCAAAGGCGACACUAUAUCGUGGCCUACAGGUGACAAGAAAGCAUUUGCCCAUGUCUGACCAAGUGCCCAGUUGGCUCACGGUGACCAAACUUGAGCAGAACUGCUCUAGACUAAAGCAAGAAGUCCGACUACUACAGCAAUAUGCAGUGGGGCAAGGCACAAAAGUGGGAUCUUCGUGUUCUCUCGCCAAGUAUCUUUCGAUUGUGUUUAAGUCUCAUAUCUUGAACGACAGACAAUGUCACAUGUGGUCUGCAGAAGCGGCUCGCAUGGCUCUCACCACACUCCAACGCCGUCUUCGUUUGAAUCACAGCGAAGUCUACUCUCUCGUACAUUCCGAUAGCAUUCCGCAACAUUUGAUGACCAACUUUCAGACUGACAUGGAAAAAGUACUAGGAGGACAGUCGGUGGCUUUCGAUCUCUCACUGUAUGCUACGUAUGCUGGAUGCUUCAACACACCGGAUGCAUUUUUUGUUGCGGGUAUUUUGCAUCUUAUCGGACAUAUCAAGGUUCCCGACCAACUACAAGGCGUAUCGUUGCUAUUGGCGGCCGCCGCUCAAGGUUCGGUCUUGUCACAGCUUGCAUUGGGAUAUCGACAUCGAUUUGGGAAGGAUGGCUUACCGAAGAGCUGCCCGAUUGCGUUAAAUUAUUAUGUAACGGUUGCAAGAGAUGCAGUCGGAGCUCUACAGGGUGGCGAUGAGACCAAGGUACUGACGGAAUCCAUCAGACUAUCGGAACCAGAAACACUAGAUGGUCAAGGCGGUGAGAGGGACGACGUCAUUCAGUAUUUGCUGUUUGAAGCUGCCAAUGGAAAUCCUAUAGCUCAGGUCAACUUGGGUCGUAUGCACUAUUGGGGCCAGCAGGGACUGAGACGCGACUUCAAUCAGGCGUUUCACCAUUACGCACGAGCGGCGGCAGCCGGUCUUCCCGACGCUCACUACAACCUCGCCAUCAUGUACUUGAAGGGCCAGGGAACGCAGCAGGACAAUGAAACUGCCCUCAAACAUUUGGAAAUCGCCGCAGAACAGGGUGUUGUCGCUGCUCUCAAUGGACUUGGCUACUUUCAUCUCAAUUUGAUUGAGCCGCCCAACGUCACUGCGGCCGUACAAUACUUCGAGAAGGCGUAUCUUCUCGGAGACCACGAUGCCGCUUACAACCUCGGAGUCGUCUACUACAACGGCAUCUGGCAGCAAUAUUCCAACAAGUCGAUGGCUGCGAUGUAUUGGCGUUCGGCAGCAAAACGUGGCAACCCCGGUGCGACGUACCAGAUGGCUUUAUUGUCCGAGACGUGCUCCGAAGCAUUGGGAUAUGGUGUUGCCAUCGCUGAGCACCACAGUGACAUCGGACGUGUCCUCAAGGCCGGAGUUGCAUCGUAUUUGAACGACUCCGUUUUCGAUGCAGCAAUCCACUACAUUCAGGCAGCUGAAGUGGGUGUAGAACUGGCUGCUUUCAAUGUAGCAUGGCUCAUGGAGACGUCUCCGGAUCUGCAGUCAAGUGUUGCAUCGAAUUUUACUUAUCGAUAUUAUGGGCAAUCGGCUCUUCUCAACUACUCGUCGUCUGUUGUUCGAGUCGGAGAUAGUUACUGGGUUGGAGAAUGGGCUGACGAGGACAAGCAACAUGCUAUUUUGUAUUACUCUCGAGCAGCUCAUCUAGGAAACGGACAGGGUACUUUCAAUCUGGGCUACAUUGUUCAGAUGGGUCUAUGGCCGGUAGAGCGAGAGUGGGUCGAGUUUGACGGCCUGUCGCUCGGUGUCCGUAUAAGAGGCAACCUAACUCUUGCUGCUCAGCUGUAUGAUCUGUGUUGGACACAGGAUUCGUACAGUCGACUUCCCUGUUUCCUGGCCGGUCUGUACGUGCGGAUGUUUAUCCUACGAGAUGGGAUGCUGACUCGGAUGUGGCCGUUGUCUCCCAUCACAACCGUGUUGUGGCAAAAUUUGUACCUCGUUGCUGCUGUUUCGGGCUGCAUUUUGGGCUUGAUUCUUCGUUUAGAAGUGACACGGCGUGUCCAACAUGGACAUUAGACGUAGUAGUCAUUAUCAAUAAUUAUUAUGGAGUAGUGUAUAGUGAAUCGAAUCGAAUAUAGACUUGAAUACUGCUACAUCGAUAGUGUGCAUGAAACUCAGUAAUAGGCUGAACCUGUGUGUGUGUGUGUGUG